AUGCCUCCAAGAGUAAGAGGACGAGGCAAGGGUCCCAUGCGUGGAGAACCGUCGUCAGCUGGACCAUCACACAGACGCACUCUAUCGGCGUCUCUAUCCUCCUCCGACUCUCACGAUAUGUGGGGUCAACCUUACGAGCCGGCAAGACACUCAAUCUCGCUAAGCUCUUCACCUUCCUUUCAUCCGUCUUUCGGGCCGUUUGCUCCAAAUGAACCUGAACACUUUCAUCACUCUCAACAAUCUCACCAUUCGCACGAGUCUUACCCAUCACAUAACUCUUUGCAAUCUCACUCGUUUCAUCACUCUGACUCCCCCUACUCCCUGGGACAGUUCAACCCAGCCGAUUAUGUUAAUGAUUUUCUUGGCUAUAACCCAUCGGGCCCUGAGGACCAUUUCUCUCAGGAAAUGGAGAUGGAUGAUGACCCUGACCCGGAGAUGCAAACAGGAACCCCGAGCCACCCUAUCAGCAUAUCUAGUGGGUCUCUCUCUCCAACCCAACCACCUUUGGAAGAUCCUCAACUUCAAGCUGUCUCACCACCACCACUCCCAGUAGAGGAGCCACCGCAGCCACCUCCCGAGCCUCCGAGGCGAAGGAGGAACGCACGCAUGUCUGUAAGAGGAGGACCCCGUUUCAGUUCUCCUCAUGGUUCGAGUUCCUAUCCCCCUAUUCCAGAGGACCCCCAGAUGGGUGGGCCCUCAAACGCGGCACCGGAGGCUAAUCCUCCGCAAGCUUCUUAUGCACCACCUCAGCAGUAUCACCACCUCUAUCCUUCUACUUACCCUUCUAUGCAUCCAGCUGGAUACCCGGGUCAGGGUUACCAGUACCCGCCGUACCAGCCGCCUCCUCCCCAGCAGCUUCAGCAACAGCAACAAACCCAGGAAAUUCUGGAGAGGCUAGCUAAGGUUGAGAACAAGGCUAGGAAGAACAAGGAAAGGCAUACUAGCUUCAUGAAAGGCCUUGCGAACCUUAUCAAAGGGAAGAAGAAGUAG